UCAAGGGAAUGAUUUUAAGGCCUUAAUCUAUGAAUUCAUGGACAAUGGUAGCCUAGAACGGUGGCUUCACCCAAGUGCAACAUCAUCUCAUCACAAUGGAGUUCCAAGAAAGUUGAAUUUCAUUCAAAGGAUAAAUAUUGCCAUUGGUGUUGCUUAUGCGUUGGAUUAUCUUCAUCACCAGUGCCACAUGCCCAUCAUUCAUUGUGAUCUAAAGCCAAGCAAUAUCCUCUUAGAUCGUGAGAUGGUCGCACAUGUUGGUGACUUUGGAUUGGCGAAAUUCCUUAUUGGAUCAUCUUUUGAUAUUGCAACUAAUCAGAUGAGUUCUGUGGGUUUUAGAGGGACAAUCGGUUAUGCUCCACCAGAAUAUGCAAUGGGCUGUGAGGUUUCAAGAGAAGGUGACAUCUAUAGUUACGGCAUUCUUUUACUAGAAAUGUUCACAGGAUUAAGUCCCACCGAUGACACCUUUAGAGACAAUUUGACUCUUCAUGGUUUUGUCGUAAAAGCUUUGUCUGAACGAGUGCUCGGAAUCGUGGAUAGCGCUUUGCUUCAAGAAAGAGAGAGUUAUCUAUGUCCCUAUAAUCCUCAUCAUGACAUAUUUCAAGAGUGUUUGGUUAUGAUCUAUAAUAUUGGAGUUGCUUGUUCGAACGAAAUGCCUGGAAGAAGAAUGAGUAUUAGUGGAGUUAUAAAUCAGUUGCAUCGGAUUAGGGCAAAACUCCUUGCUUCAGGCUUACAUGGACAGGGAAAGCUUGGUUUCUGCAGAUCGGCUAGAUGUUCGGUCAAGAAAAAGCAAUACUACUACUCUGGUGGAUGA